ACAAUGUAAGAAGGUGCACAAAGACAUUUCAGUAAAUGUGAGGCUGUAAUAUUAACCACAAUGCAGCAGAAACGCCUUCUGGUUGCACAAACCUUGCAUUUGAAUGCACUUCUUUUGUUGCCAGGGACCUCUUUCAGUACAACCCAUUGGGGAUUUUCUUUCUAUCCCUAAUUAGUGCGGGGUGGCUGCAAUGAAGUGUUGCUAAAAAUACAUUCGUCCCUGCUGACUUUCUGAAGUGGGGAAUUGUACUGGCCCUGGAUCAGCUUUCAGUUAUUGCAUCCCUGCGGUUUUAAUUUGGGUGCAGAAAAGAGAUCUGCUACACGGACAGCAGGGCCCGCCCACUCUCGCGAGUUUCUCCCUCUCCUGAAGCGCGCGACUCUGUUGACUUGUCACCAUGGCAACAGUGCACCGCUGGGGUUUCCGCCGCCUCUUGUUUUACAGAUUUUAUUAGCGGGGUAAAGAGUCAUAGUAUUACCUGCCAUCAUUGCAAUUACUAUCAUGUAACGAUAGUUCCGUGUGUUAUUCCGAGCAAAGCUUUGAAUUACGAAGAUGUCGGAUUUUUUGUGCAGGUGGCUGAACGAGGAGCUCGAGCUGUCACAAGCUGUUGAUCCAAAGACCUUUGCUGGGAAUUUCUCCAAUGGUUACCUAAUUGGGGAGAUUUUGCAUAAAUAUCAGUUGCAGAAUGACUUCAGUAUGUUUGUGAAUAAAGACAACUCCAUCUCCAAACAGAAUAACUUUACGCGUGUGGAGCCCACUCUGCGGUUGCUGGGGAUCUCUUUUGACACAAAUACAGCCCAGAAACUAAUGCAGGAGAAGCAGGGUGUUGCCACGCGCCUCCUUUACAAACUAUACGUCUCGCUUGAAAAGAAGAAGCAAGCAGAAACAAGCAGCACAUUGAUGGAAAUCAUGCAGCCUGCAUCCAAAGCCAGCCUGCACAAAAAAGAGCACGAGUACUACUCUGAUCGACUGGACGACAUGCCUGCGGUGAGCCAGCCCACCCAACAAAAGAGACAACUCAGAGGGAAGGAUGACAAGAGAUUAAAGAAUAUUGAGCUGCGGGUGUGUCGUCAGAAGCACAACGACACCAUGACUUGUAACCAGGGCACCAUUGUCCAGGUGCCCAAGCCACCUCCCUACACUUCACAGUUCAACCUAAAGAGGAGGCAACAGCAGCAGCAACGUAGAGAACAACUAGCGCAGACAGUGCAGACUGAAAUAACCCAGUUUGAGGCGAGGAAGAAACUGGUUACUUAUGGUUUUGCUUCCUCUUCAAGUGGUCAACCGUCCCCUGGAGAUUUUCCCUUAGGUCGCAUCAGCCAGGCCUUUGGGGUCACUGGAAGAGGAGCGAAGCUGACAUUACAAUCCAAUAGCAAGUACAUACAGGAUAUCCGACAGAGGCUGGCGGAGAACGCAGUAGCUCGCGAGCAGAGAGAAAAAAGACGCGACAGAUUCCUGGUGGAGCAGCUCGAGGCCCACGAGGCUCAAGAGGAGGCACUGCGCGACGAGCAGCUGGUGAAGCGCCUGACGCGCCAGACCCAGCUGGAGCAGCGCCUGACCACCCAGCUCCUCCAGAUUCACAUGCAGAAGGACGUGAUCCGGAAGAACCGCCUGUUUAGAGAGCAACAGUACCAGCAGCGGAGAGAGAGGGACUUCCAGGAAGCUCUGGAGAGGGAGGCGGCUCUGGCCCAGCAGGCUAAAUUGGAUCGUGCCGAGGAGAUCAGAAAGGAGCUUGAAUUCUGUAACAGGAUUGCUGCUGAGCGAGCACAGGGCAGACACAAGAAGCACUUUAAGAUCUGCAAGGACAUUUUGGAGCAGAUAGUGGACUUGGCCACCAAGGUUGGAGAGUAUCGGCUGCACACAGGGAAUCUGAUUCCAGCGAAGCCGAUGAGAGAGUGGAAGGAAUUGCUGUUCAGUGGCCUUCCUCUCUACGAGCCGAUAACGUGCCAGGAGCCAGGGUUCCCCGCCCCGCUAGACCCCGUAGAGCUUAAGAAGCAGGAGAUACUCCAAAAACAGGACUAUGAUGAGUACACUAACAUGGCAGGUGAGUGGGCGUGGCCAGAGGAAGCAGGGCAGACCAAAUUGCCCCUCACCAACAACAACAUUCUGGGGCACGUUGUCCUGCGCCUGAGGAACAUUGUUCAUCAACCCGUGGAACCCUCCCCGCCACCAUUUCCUCACUUCACCAUCAAGGCCUGUGUCCUGGGCAAGUUUUGCUCUGGGAAGACUACCUGCCUGACCAAGCUGGCCGAAGCCCAUGGGAUCCACGUCUUGUCAGUUGACUCCCUGAUCGAGAAGGCACUGGAUGCUUACCACCACGGAGAGCAGGUCACAAAACAGCAGGAAGAGAAAGACAUUGAACUAGAGCUCACGUCCUCCACAUCAGAGAAGCUUGAUCUGGAUACUCCAGAGGAAAGCAGAGACAGAAUUCCUUCCACCCGGGCCAUGCAGGGAGCAGCAGCUGAAAAAGAGCUGAAAGAAGGCAACACGAUCCCCAAUAAGCUGUUAGUGGACAUUGUAGUAGAGGCCAUUAGGCAGGUCCCGGCCCAGUCAGGCUGGAUCCUGGACGGCUUUCCAGUGGACAUCAGCCAAGCCCACCUGCUAGAGAAAGCCCUGGGUGGGUCUGUGGAUGAAGGGAAUGACGUUCUAAGCAGCAAGACAGAACUCGUUGCUGAUCCUAAUCCACCCGAACCUGCACCACCCGCACCUCCUGCCCUGGACCUGGCUCUGCUGCUGGAUGUCCCUGACGAGUGCGCGAUCGGACGUCCGUUCAGCCAGAUGGAUAAUGCUGCUGCUACCACCUCCCAUCCAACAGACAAGAACUUGUAUCUGGCACAGAUUCCACAUCGGAUCACAGCAUUCCAGGAAACCUGGCCAAAACUAGAGAAAUGGUUUGGAGGAAGGCAAAACAUUUUGGUCCGCAUCGACGCGGAUGUGGAAGAGGUGGAGCUUCACAAAAGGGUGGAGUCCGCUCUGCAGCAAGUUAUGAUGCAAACACAGGAAGCUCUGGCCGCUCCAUCUGGGGACGAUGUGGUGUUGGACAGUGGGAAAGCUCCGGACUUUUCAGCUUCUCCUCCAACCGAAGACCAACCUCCGGGCCUCGCACAUGAAGCACACGCAGAGAGCUGCGUCAGCCCCGACAAAGAAGGCAACAAAAGUGUGAAGUCACCGUCCAAAUCCAACAAACUCUUCCCAAGAGGGCUUUCUAGAAUGGUGUCGACCUCCUCAGUGACCAGUGAGGGCUCUCAGGGAGUCCCUGAGAGCCCACCGGAGUCUGCCUCUCCCUGCCUGGGUUCAUCCGGCUGGGACUAUGUGGAUGAAACGCUUCCUCCAGAGCUGCCAGAGUACCUGUGCCACCAUUGGGACACAGUGUGCGAUUCUUACGUGAACAAAGUGAAGGCGGUGAUGCAUCAGCUGCGCUCACAGCGAUCUGUUAUUGACCUUCACCUAUUCAACAUCAGAGAGGAGUUCAAGCAAUACAUGGGGCGUCCAGACCUAAAGCAGGAGUUAGUAUCUCAUUGGCAGAAGGACUUCAACAGCAUACCUGAUGACAUGAGAGAAGAUGAGGAUACCAAAGCAGAGCUUUAUCUCAGGCUGGAUGAACUGUGCGAACGACUGUGGGACAUUUGUGACAAGCGAAAGGAGAAGGACGAGAAAGAGAGGGAUGGUCUCAUGGCCGACGGAUGGUUGGAGCAACACACCGCCCUCCUCGUCAACCACCACUCGCUUCUCUUUCAGGUAGAGCUGGACCGUUUCCAGGACACCCUGCGCAUCCUCAAGGUCUACUAUCUGAGCAUGUACAGACAGGUGUUGCCUGAGCUUCCCUCCAAGUUGGAUUGCAUCCCCCUGCUGGACAACAGAGAAAUGAAGCACGAGGACGAGAGGCCAUCCUUAAUUACUAAGUUUAAUUCACCCCAUGACAAACUGAUCUACGACUACGAGGAGGCCCGAAAAGCCAUCAGCCAAUUGGUAUCAGCAGAAGCCCACCAGGGGGAGAUGAAAGAACAGAAGAAGUGGGCGAGGACUAAUAGUCCAGAAGUCAUAAACAAAAUACAUAAAGAGCACGCAGCCGCACUGAAUCAUGAGGAGAAUGCAGCAAAGUCACGCAUUGCGCUGGUGAGGGGCCAUUGUCUGGUGAUGGUGCAGUCUCUGCAGAGCAGAGCUGAUCGGACAUCAAGCAGCCUGCAGGAGUGUUUAGAAGCACUCUACCUUGCAGGAAUGAAGAGUGUUGAACAACUGUCAAAAGUGGUCGGCUACCACAUAGAGGCUGGUGCUAAGUUGCAGAAGGAGCUGGUGUUGGAAUGUACGGCCUUCUGCUUGAAUGGGGACUGCCACAUGGUGGCCAGCCCGCCUCCGCCUCCUCGUCCGCCACCUCAUGAGAAACCCAUGGCGUCCACGCCGACCGUCACACAGCUAGAGUCGCUGCACCGUAUGCUUCACAGCGUUGCUCCAUCAGGCCUCAUGUCCAAUCAUAAUUUCUUUAGCUUGCUGAUGGAUAUUAUCUCUGUGAACAUGGGCAGAAACACCUUGCCUGAGCCCUGGCUUAACAAGAAUGAAACACAGGUGUGUGAGAUCGUGUCCCUCUUGAAGGACUGCUGUGAGGUGAUAGACUGGCGGCAGUUUCUGCUCAGUGCUGCCCUCCCAUGGCCUUUUCCCUCCUUAUCACAGCUGCUGGCCGUGCUGCAACGUUUCAAGGCAGCGGAUACUGGCAACACAGGCUACGUGAACGAGGACCAGUACCUACAGACAAAAUUGUGGUUUUUCGAUGAGAGUGGCCAGCCGGUCCCAGAGGACCCCUCUGAGCCUCCGCCUUAUGACCGUCUGGCUAACCUACGCAAGUUCUUUUUCCAGUUGUUUGCGGAGCGCUCUUUCUCUCCUCCUCGACUGGAUUAUGUGUGCAUGCUGCAGUACUUUGCGGCCGACCCUGACCCCAGUCAGGGGUUCAUCCGAGCACUUAGUGUAGUGCUGGGACAACAUCUCAAGCUCUCCUCUGCGAGCACUCUUGUCAAGUCUAUGCCCAGCAUGGAAGAUGCUGCCCAGCUCAGCCCCUCGGAGCCCGAUGUAGACUACAUGGAAGACGACUCUCUGCGUGCGUCAAGCGCUUUGUUGGGCGAGAAGGAGGUGUCCAUCGCCGCUCUCCUCGCUGUCAUCGGCCACAAAGCCCCCAAGAUGAGAGGCGGCGUCGCUCUGCCUCCGGGCGGCCUGAGUCAGGAGGAGCACGCUGAGCAACUGGUGCGUGUCUUCAGAGAGCUGGGCUACAAGCCCGAGGACUGCGCCCCCUUCUCCGUUCUCUCCCAGCAUCCUUUCAUCCAGCACCUGAUGGAGACCUCAAGACACCACCAGCUUGUGAACAUUCACACAGUGCUACUGGCCCAUCAGGAUGAAGGACAGACUCCUGAAGGAUGAUAUACGCGUACAAUUGUUCUCAUUGUGUAAAGUGUUCACUUCACAGUUGAAUAAAUCCAUGUGCGACACAACUUGUGUCAGCCUGUGGACACGUCAAUGACUGAUGGCGGUUGGAAAGCCACCAUCAUUCAAAUGACAACAAUAAAAUCAAUGAUGAAAGGAUUGACCCCUCAUGCUUCCCCCCCCCCCCCCCGACACACUCCAGCAGUUUUUCUCACUGCCUUGUUCUUCUAACGACCUCUCUGACACCGAGACGCAUUGGCCGCUGCCACAAUGAUAACAUUGUCUAGGGAUAACCUACAUGUCAAGCCUGCCAGGGAGCCCGCAACCCCAUGUCGGUCCAUUCAGCAGUGGUAUGUCCUGGAAGCCCCUCCGUGUGGUCACUGGUCUCUGUCCACCAGUCACGUUAAUGUGCACGCAGCCUUGAGGCAACUGCUGCUCACAUUUCCUAAUAAUGUCUAAUUUGAUACGAGGGCUUGGGGAGCCACCCCUCUGACCCACCUCCCCCC